CCAGUUCACAAAAAUAGGAUAUAUGCUUCUAAAUACAUAGAUAAUAAUACACUUAUGACCGCAGGAUGGGAUUAAAAUGUUCUUAUAUGGGAUAUGAGGACAAAUUCUACUUAAAAUUAUAUAUAUGGGCCUUUAAUAUGUGGAGAUGCCUUAGAUUUUAAAAAUAAUUUAGUCUUAACAGGUUCUUGGAGAGAAGAUAAGUAAUUGUAAUUAUGGGAUAUUCGAAAAACCAGUAAAUCUAUAAAUUUAUAAUGGGAAAAUUUGGGAAAUGAAUAAGAUUCUUAAAGUUUUAUUUACAGUUGUUAGUUUUCCAAAUAUGAUGAUAGUUUUAUAAUUGCAGGUUCAGCGGGUAGUAAUUAAAUCAGAUUGUUUGAUAGAAAUAGUAAUAAUAUGUGUAUAGACGCACUUACUAGUAAUAUUAAAAAAGGAGUAUUUUCGAUAGAUUGGGCAAAUAAAAAAAAUUAUGCUGUUUAUGGAGUUUCGGAUGGAACUUUAGGAUAUUUUGAAGCAAUUUGAAAGAAAAUUAUAUAAAUAUAUAGAGAAAUUGUUUAGACAAAAUAUAUUUUUUU